GAUGGGGGACUUGGCGCCGAAUAGAUCGUUUCGGUUUCAGUUUCUUUAACCAAAACGACAUUCACUGUUUGACGUUUGCUUCACGUGGCUUCGUUUUGUUGUGAAUUUGAAAAUUUCCGUUUGAUUCUUCUUACAUUCAAGUUGGAGUGAGUCCUUAGUGUGCGCCGAAUGGCAAGAGGGAGCGGGAAGCAAAAUGGGGAUCCUCCGGUUUUCGAGAAAAGAGUAACUCGAUCAAGUGUGAAAGCCUUAUCAGUUUCCCCAACGGAACGUGCAGAAAGCCCAGUACCCCGAACUAGAUCUGGAGUCACUCCAGAUGUGACCACACCGUUAAAAAAUACACCAGCAAAAAUAAGAACCCGCCGUGCAUCUCUCGCUGAUGCUUCGCAGGAGGUAGUGGGUAGUCCGAUACGUCGUUCUAGGAGACUAAGUACUAACUCGGAAGAGGUGUCAACACCAACAAAAACAAGAAGUCUGAGAAGCACCCGUGCAAAUUUGACACUCGUCGAACAACCAGUGCCAGAGGAGGAUGAGCAGACCAAAGUGUCGCCAAAGCCGCUUAGAGGUAGAAGAAAAAGCCUGGCUGCAAAUCAUAUUGAAAGUCAAAGUCAAACACCGGUGAAGGAGAAAGUAGACGACGGUCCGCACGAACUGAAGAAGACUACAAAUGAAGACAAAACUGAUCGCACUGAGAAAGCAGCUUCAGAAUCACAUUCUGAUGCGGAAUCUCCAGGAGUGAAAAAGACCAUGGUUAAACUGAAAAGAUUCAGUUCUGAAAAACGUAUCUCGCAAUCUCCGCCAGGUGUUAAACAACAGACAACGGACACCAGUAAGACACUAUCGAACGAUUCAGUUGGUGAUAAAGAUCAUACGGGAGAGGAGACCCUGAAAGAACCACCAUCAGAUGCGGAAUUUUCCGAGCUGAAAAAAUCUACAGUGAAAAUCGAAAGAUUCAGUUCAGAUAAACGUCGUUCUUCGCAAUCUCCACCAAGUGUUGAACAGCGGACAGCGGAGACCAGUAGGACAUUAACGAACGGUUCAGUUGAUGAUAAGAGUCAUGCGGAGGAAGAGACUGCAUCAGGACCUCCGUAUGAUGAGGAAUCUUCAACACUGAAAAAAUUCAUGGUGAAGUUGAAAAGAUUCAGUUCAGAGAAACGUCAAGCAUCGCAAUCUCCACCAAACAUUAAACAACAGACAACAGAAAGUAGUAAGGCAUCAGCAAGCGAUUCAGCUGAUGAUAAGACUAAUGCGAAGGAGAAGGUUGCACCAGAGCCGCCAUCAGAUGCAGUAUCUCCAGUACUAAAAAAAUCUUUGGUGAAAUUGAAAAGAUUCAGUUCAGAUGAACAUCGUGCUUCCCAAUCUCCACCAAGGGUUAAUGUUAAACAAGAGACAACACAAAGCAGUGAGGUAUUACCAACCGAUUCAGUUGAUGAUAAGUGUCAAGCAGAAGAAAAGACUGAAGGCGAAAAUGUCACGGUGGAAGAAAAAAUGGAAACGGAUGAACCUACACCCGAAAAACAAAAGGAGAUCAGGAGUCAACAGGUCACUAGUGAUAAUAUUGUGCCCGAAACACCAGAAACGAACACUCAAUCUUCGGAUUCUGUGCCCGAAACAUCAGAAGCUAAUGUUGUGUCUUUGGACCCUGUGCCCGAGACGUCACUGGUUGCUGUUAACUCUUUGAAUGGAUCCUCAGUUGAAGAGGUGAAUGAUGAGGAAAGUGAGCCUUCAAUUCAAGAAAUAAAGGAUGAUGAGCACUCAAUUCAAGAAGUGAAGUUUAGCAAAAGUGAUAAAGAUGCAGAGGAAGAGAGUUGCAUUGAAAUUGUGGCCGAUGACGAAGAGGUGUGCGAUAGUACACAAUUGGAAGCAACUCAUGAUAAAGCACAGCUAAAUUGUUCAACUUUCGCCAAGCAAGAAACUGACGUUGAACCGAAGGAUAUAACACCCUCCUCUGAACGUCAAUCUCCCUCUUCCUCUUCUCAUGUAGAUGAGACUGAGGCUAAGAAAAAUUCACCUGUAGAAAAUAAAGCUGCUUUUGCUAAAUCUUGGAGUCAAUCUGUGAAGGGAACUGUGAACAAAUCGUCAGAUGAGCCCGAGUUUAUUGAUGCUAUUUCAGUGAAACCAGCAUCGCCGGAGAAAAGCUCACCGGAAAACACUGGUGCAGCUAUCGCAACGAAGAAAGAGGCCAAGUAUCAGCAGUCCAGUGAAGAAGAGGAUGAAGAAGAAGACGAAGAGGAAAGAGAACGAAGCCGAAAUGAAUUUUUGGACAGUGAGGCAAUGGAGGUGUCUGAUGGGGAAGAUUCAAUGAGUAGUGGCGAGCGAGCAUAUCUUGAAGAGAAUGAAAUAUCAGUUAAAGGUGAAAGUAUCGGUUCCGAGGACACUUCUGAAGAUGAAGUAGAGGAUGAAGAGGACGAGAAAGGUUCCAUUGCGUCGUUCAUACUGUCUGAUUCAGAGGGCGAGAUGCUUUCGGGUAAAGAUUCUCUGUUAGGAUCUGACGAUGAAAUUACUCCUAAGAAAAAAUAUCGAAGGGUGGUCAUAAAUGAAGAUUCCUCGUCAGAGGGAGAAAGUAACGAAGCAAGUAAGGAAGUUGAAGAGGUUGAAUCAAGCGAUUUGGAGAAAGUUGAUGCGGAGGAGGUUUCCACAGAAGCCGUUGAAGAUGGAAACACAUCGAUUUCUGAACACAAUACUGAACGAAACAAGUCGCUAGAUACAUCAAAGGCCAGCCGGAAGUCUAUUGAAGAAAAUAAGAAAGACAGUGCAUUUGACGGUAGUGGAGAUAGUAUCAAACCUAAGGAAGGGGCCGCCACAUUAGGGAACACUUCGUCAGUUGAAGCAGGAGAACCAACUACUGAUGCGGACAUGGAACCUUCAGAUGCAGAACCUGCGAAAAUUGAAUUGGCAGUCGAAGACGAGGCAGAAGUUAAUUCGUCAAGUAAAACAAAAUCAUCUUCGUUAGGCACAUCUCCACGGAAGGAUGGCGAUGAACCUAGUGAAGAAGUAGUAGAAGAGAUCCAUGAUAAAACAGUGUCAGAUAAUGGAUCAGGUUUAGCUGAUUCGGAACUUAAUACAUCGGUUAGGAAGAAUUCAGAAAAAUCGGUCUUGUCUGAGAAUGGUUUAGAUGAAGCGAAUGAAGACGAAUAUGACAAGUUAGUGAACAGUGGAAGGGAAUCUAUGUCAUCUUCGAAAAGCCAGUCGCAGCUGUUAGAUGCUUCGAAUGAGUGUCUAAAUUCUUCGAAAAUAACCAUCGCUGAAAGUAAAAGCUCUCAAAUUUGUAACUCUGCUGGCGAUUCCAACGUCGAGGACAUUAAGCAAAUCUUAUCUGUGAGUCAAGUCAGUCCAGCGAUUUUCGAACAUUCAGCCGAUGAUUCAACUUCUGAAAUUGAUAACGAUCAGGAGGAUAGAAACUUAUCCAAGAAUAAGUCUUUUAUCAAAAACAAGUCCUUAAUGAAGAGCAAUGCAUCCAGAAAGAGUAUUCAAAGAAGCGGCCUUAAUGAUUCCCGGAAUGACAGCACGGUUUCCAUGAGUAUAUCGAAAGAAGUGACAGAUCCAACCUCACCAAAACUUCAAUUACGAAUGGAGGAUGAAUCAGAAUCUGACAAUGAAUCAAGGAGCGAUGGUAAAGAGCCCGAGCAAAGAAUGAACAGAAGUUCUGCUUCGGUGAAGAAUAUGUCGCUGUUGUCGAAUAAUUUGAAUAAAAGUCGGUCCCGUGACAAUCAGAUUUCAUCUAAGGAUGACACCGCAGAUGAUGAUGAGGAAUUGCCUGGGAGCGAGGGAGAGGAAGGUGCCGAACUAGAAAAUGUUUCUGAGAAGAAUCCAAAUUCAUUGAACAUUUCUAGGACGAAUAGAAAUUGGGACAAAUUAAAUUCUUCGGAUCAAUUAGAAGCUGAUCCGGAUGAAUUAGAUGAUGUGGCUGCAAACAGUGAAAUCGAGUCCAAUGAGAACAAAUCAAUUUCUACGACUAAAGACGUGAAUUCAUUAGUGGAAAGUGUGAAGACUCCAAGUAAUGUUGAAGAAACAACGACGGAUGAAGAUUUGGCCGAUAGCGACAAAAAUACCACAAUCGUAUUAGGCAAUCGUGUGAAUGACAUGCCGCCUGAGAACAAUUCACAGGAUAGCGAUGAAGAAAGUGGCGGUGGUGAGGAGGAACCUGAUGAAAAACUGAACAAAUCUCACAAUAGCGUCAGGAGAUACUCGGGCACCACUCACACUCGUACCGAUGAAUUGAAUGAAAGUAAAAAAAGAAAUUCGCUGGGCAAGGAUAGAUCAAGAACCAUGAAUGCGUCAACCGAGAUAAAGAAUAAAUCGCAGACGUUCCAUAAUUCCGAUGAAAGCUCAGAGGAGGAGGAUGAUAUGGAUUCCUCAUCCAAUCAAAAGUUGACUACCAAAGAAACAUCUUGCCAAGAAACAGCUCCGAAGAAAGAUGAACUGGCUAGCGAAAGCGAAAGCGAAGACGAAGAUGCAAAAGAAAUGGAGGCUGAAACUCAGAAAAACAGGUCACGAAUCAAUGGUUCGACUAACGAACGAAUUGUUGUGAAUGUAACAAUAGGGAAAGUGGCUGAAGACGGUUCUGAAAGUGAUAAAAAUGAUCAUGCAAAUCUUCAAAUCGUUAAUAAAUCCACCUCAUCUAUGAGUGGUAAGAAGAGGCUUAGUUUGAAUUCCUCAAAGAGGGGUAAUUCUUCAAUCCUACAGAGGAGCAGAAAUAUACCUGAAUCAAGUGGUGAAUCUGACGCCGAAGAAAUUAAUAAUGUGAGCAUUUCACGUAAAGCUCCUAUUCCGCUGUUCCAAACACUGAAAAUGGUGGACCAAUCAACUCCAGCUGAGAAGUAUAAAAUUAAGUUGAAAAUUAACGACAAAACCUACAUUUCCAGCGAUGAUGAGGGUGACGCAACAGCUGAAAAGGCUCAAACUGCUGAUGACAGUAAAGCCAAUAUUUCCGGGAAAUCAAGAUUGAACGAUACAAGUUUCACUAUUUCGCGUACAGGCGACAAGAGCUGUGCUAAAAAUGAGUCAAUUGACUCAAAUAAAAAUUCCAACAAAAAGAAAAGCAAAUCUAAGCAACGGUCAACUGACAAAUCAUUGGAAAAGUCAGCGGAAGAAAACAAAACGGAGAUCUCAUUUAUCGGUUCCAGUGAUAAUUCAUUGGAAAAUUAUGCACCAAAUGUGACACCAAAAAAGAAAAGUGCAUCGAAAACGAAACUUCUAAGUGCACCGAAUUCGAAAGCUAGGAAUGCGUUGGAUACGAAACCUCUGAAUGCGUCAAAUACGAAGCCUCUGAAUGGGUCGAAUACGAAAUCUCUGAAUGUGUCGAUCAAGAAACCAGUACUGGGAGAGAAAUCAAGUGAUUCUAAAACGCUGAAGAAGAAAAAGGCUGCACUGGAGAGUGAAAUUCUGAAGGAAGUUCUUAUGAAUAAAAUCAACCAAGCGGUUAAACAAGGAAAAAUCGUUGAUGCUAAGGAUAGGCUAGGAAACAAUAAGAACCCAAAUAUUCCAAGCGGAGAUCAGCAAGUAAGUGCCUUCGCUGUCUAUAAUUUGGAGACGAAAAAGAAACGCAAGUUGUCCAAGAACGAAGAUGUACAUUUGAAAACUAAAAAGUUGAAGUCGAGUGAGGAGCAAAGGGAACCGAAAGAAACAAAAGUGUCCAAAACCGAGAAAAGAAAAAAGAAGAACGAAAGCUAUGAAGACGGCACCAGCAGUCCACAACCCACGGAUUGGCAAGUGUCCGAUGCUGCACCGAAGAAAAAGAAGCUUAAAAUACUUAGUGAUAUGCCCUUCGGCUUUCAAGAGGCUCCCGCUACUCCCAAAAGGGUGAAUGGUUUUGAAGUAACGUGUGCAACUCCAAAACAAGUUGGCUGGAAAGUUCGCUCAAUCCUCUCUGCUGGCCAGAAAGAUAUCCCUGAGGUUGCAAAGAAAAGAGUGAAAAACUCAGCACGCAGGGAUGACUCGUCAUCGCCGUCGCCUAAGAAAGUAUGGACCAGCGUGGGUUACUUCGAAGUCAGUGAGGCAGAUACUCCCCUUUGGUCAAGGAGGCAGUAUAAGCCUGAACCGCUUGGAGCAAAGACAGACUUUGCCGUACACUCACUGAGCAGCAAAAAACAUAAAGUGCCGGAGUCAAUGGAAAUUUACAGCUCAACCGCUUUGGACUUCAAGCGAAGAGCGAAUUUCAAUGAUAAAAUUAAACGGGAAUCAUCGAAAGAAUUACUUCAGAAGAAAAUCAAGAAAAAGUUCUAGGAAAGAAAGUGAUAUGUUCCAUUUUGUAAAAUUUUGGUAUUUAAGUUUUGUUUGUUUUCUUUGGUUCCUGUUACCAUAUAGUUAUAGUUAUCAUUUAAAAUAAAAGUACUAAUGACGA